UGGUUGACAACCCCCGAGCCGCCGGCAGACACACCUUCAGGCUGUUGAUCCUGACAUGAAUGCUUACAAGUGGUGUGAGCAGGUUUCCUAUUCAUAGUGCCUAAGUAAUCAGUGAAGGCACGGUAGUUGACCUGCACUACAGCCCCGUACCCAGCAAGGCUGUUGAUACAAGACCGAUUCCGAUAGGUGUGUUGCAUGUUUUGUGGUGAUCCAGUGAGAAGUGUCCAGCCCAACACAACCGUCUUGAUUCAAUAUCCUGCUCCGCUGCCCAGACAUGAAACGGAUGGACCUUAGGUACUGAGAGUUCGCCAGCAAACCGUGCCUCGCCGCAGGACAGAGCGCGGCUGCAUGCUGCACUGUGGCGGGCAGUAACCUCAUCGUCGAGCUGUGGUCAACUGACUUGUGCAAGCAGAGCCCUGUCAGAACUGCCCGUGGGUCGAACGAAGGCAAGCCAAUGCAGGUGGCCGGGACGCAGCAGCCCAACAGCAUCUGUUGGGCGAGGCGUGCACUGAUUGGCAGGUUGGCUGUGUGGUGAAGCAGGCAGACUUGCUUGCAAAGUCGUUUGACAUGUAUGUACAUCUAUAACACACAGCAGUAUCCUGUGUACAAGGACCGUUCUCAAGGGGGUUGUUGUCAUCAUAGGACCGGCGAGCGAGCGAGUUGGGCGUCACAGAACGCAUCUGUUGUGUCCGAGUCGCUGUGCCGUUCUCUUCUCGACAACUCCGGAUUGCUUUCCCAUGCACACGCGCAAGGGAAUCGUGUGGAGCCUGGGAAAAAAUUUCCCAUCUUAUUCUUUCUUCUUCGCCUGCUCCUCGUUUGGUUCCUUGCAUCGGAGAAGGGCCGAUCAGCCAGAUAGAUCGCCCGCCCACGUCGAAGUGCCAGUCAAAGCGGGUGUUCCUGUGGCUUGCGUGGAUCGCAUCGUUGGCAUCAUUGGCUUCAUUGGCACGCCCGUGUCCGAGACAAUCGGAAGUGUCUUGGGGUGAGAUUCUUGUCUCAUCGCACUCCUACGCUCGCUGAUAAUUUCCGGAUGGUGACUGCGGGGGGCUGGCAAAAACAAAGGAUCGCGUUGCGCGCAGGAAGCUAA